AGGGAAAGAGAGCGCAGAGAGGAGAAGGAGGGGGUGAUGUGCAUCAGUCCACUGGCGCUCAAAUGGGUAACUGCGAGCACAGCAGACUGAAGUGGAGCGGCGGGUCCAACUACGAGCCAAGUGAGACCGCGUCCCCCCUUUCCGGAGCGUCACCCGUAGGACCCGGCGCGGCUCUGACCGCUGCGGAGAAACUUGCGUCUGCUCCCCAAGUGCAAGCGCUCAGUGUGCGGACCGACCCCUGCAGCUGCGCAGACUGACUGAGACCAGUUUAAAAAAACGCUCCUAAUCCAUUUUUUUCCUCUCCUUCCCCCGGAGGAUUACUCCUUUAUUCAGUGAUAAUGGGUUCUGUGAUGUUGGACUGGAGGUUAUCUUGUCUUCUUCUGCAGGCAGCUGUUCUGCUGCUGCUCAGCAAGGGGGAGAGGAUGUGCCCUGUGAGUUGUCGCUGUGAAGGAAAGAUUGUUUAUUGCGAGUCCGGCAUCUUCCAAGACAUUCCAAUAAACAUCACAACGGGGUGCCAGGGUUUGUCUCUGCGCUAUAACAACCUGCUGGUUCUGCUGCCAUACCAGUUUGCCCAGCUCAAUCAGCUCAUCUGGCUUUACUUGGACCACAACUCCAUCCACAGCAUCGACGCCUUAGCCUUCCACGGUGUGCGCAGGCUGAAGGAGCUGAUCCUGAGCUCCAACAAGCUGAGCUUUCUGCACAACAACACGUUCAGUGCCAUACCAAACCUGAGAAAUCUGGACCUUUCCUAUAAUCAGCUGCAGUCUCUGCAGCCAGGCUAUUUCUAUGGGCUGCGCAAGCUGCAGAAUCUGCACCUCAGAUCUAACGGGCUAAAACAGAUCCUCAUUCGCACGUUUCUGGAAUGCCGCAGCUUGGAGUUUUUGGACUUGGGUUACAACCGCUUGCGCAGCCUCACUCGCACCACGUUUUUGGGGCUCUCCAAGCUGAGAGAGCUACAUUUGGAGCACAAUCAAUUCUCCCGGAUUAAUUUCUACAUUUUCCCACGCCUUACCAACCUCCAGGCGCUCUACCUGGCGUGGAACCGGAUCCGGUCGAUAAGCCAAGGGGUUCCCUGGACCUGGCCGAAACUGCAAAAGCUGGAUCUUUCCGGGAACGAAAUCCAAAUGCUGGAGGCGGACGUCUUCCGCUGCAUGCCGAGCUUGCAGACGCUUAACCUGGAAACUAACAAGCUGAGCAGCGUUCCCGUGGAGGUGGUGGAGGCGUGGACCGCCCUGACCACAAUCAGCCUGGCGGGCAACGCCUGGGACUGCAGCCCCAGCAUCUGCCCCCUCAUGGGGUGGCUCCGGACUUUCAGGGACCCCAAAGACAUCAACAUGAUUUGCAGCGGCCCCAAGGCCGCGCAGGGCGAAAGGGUGGUGGACGUGGUGAGGAACCGCUCGAUAUGCGCAGACGCUGCAAACAUGUUCUCGACCACAGCUGUGGUCAUUCUAACCUCCACCCAAGCCGUGAGCGUCACGGUUUGGCCGGUGGCCACCGGAGUCCCGGCCCUGACUCGUCCAUCACCGCCGCCACAGAAAUCUACCCCAUCUCCUCUGAGUCCUGCCAGGACACACAUAAAGAUGGCGGAUCCCACCACCAGCACCCUGAGCUCUACGCCCCCCUUCUCUCCACAGACCCCCACGCCAUUUCUCCCAGAGCUGAAGUUUGAACAUAUGGCUUUCCAUAAAAUCAUUGCAGGCAGCGUAGCCCUGUUCCUGUCACUGGCAUUGAUCCUGUUGGUUAUUUACGUCUCGUGGAGGCGCUACCCCAACACCAUGAGGCAGCUGCAGGAGCACUCAGUCAACCAUAAGCGCAGGAAAAAGGCCCGCAAGCAGGAACAGGACCUGAACUCUCAGCUGCAGGAGUACUACCUGACUUACCACUCCAACUCGGAGGCGCUGGACUCGUUGGUGAAUGAAAACAGGCCGUGCACGUGCACCAUUUCAGGAUCCAUAGAGUGCGAGGUGUGAGUGCUCCGCCUUCAGGAGACACGCGGUCUCGUUUCCGAGCGGAGAUAAAUGGAUUUUUAUUUUUUCUCUGUCGGAAGAUAAGGAGGCUUUAUCUCUGAUGCAAGCAGAUAGUCUGCAGCGCUGAAGGAAAUACUUGGGAGUUUUUGGCACAACGAUGUGCGCAGAAAGGAUGAAUUGAAUGGGAAGAUAUAUUUGGAGCUAAUUAUCGCCCCGACUGACAUGGAAGGAGUGGUGGGAUUAGCUGUGUACGGUCCACACUCACGACGGGACAUCUGCUGCGGUACAAAUGGCCUCAGCGGAGAGACUGACCUUGUUCUUAGUCGGAGCAUAUACUCUCGUGAACCUACAAAGCCACUGUUUUUACUUACCCAUUCGGUUCCAAUCAUGUAGCUCAUGAAGCAUUUAGGACAUGUGCGCUGUGUGAGUUUGUACGUGUGCGAAUGCGUCCUGUUGCCAUCUGGUCAGACGAGUAACAGCUCUGCACCUUCUUCUCACAGAUAGUGUUAGUCCGGUUGAGUUAUUCCACAGUUGGCAGACGGGCUCAGCCGUAGCAGCCAUACCCAGUGUGUGUGUGUGUGUGUGUGUGGUGUGUGAUGGGGUUGGGGGGCAAUCACAAAGAGAGCAUCAUUUGCAUGAAGCCACUCUCCUUAUUAAAGAUGCUUCUCUUCCAUGGGAGGUGAUCUGUCUGAACGGAUAAAAGACAAUGUGUACGUUUUUCGUUUGCAUCGUCACAAUCGACCCAAAUGAGGGAUAUUUAAAGCUCAUGAGACUAACCUCAGGACUGAGAUGUACAAAUGUGUCAGGUCCAGUUAAGGCCUUGGACGACUGUGUGUGGGCGUGCGUGAGCGAGUGUGAGGCGAGUAACAGCGUUAAUUUUCAUAUCGAGUUUUGUAUUUAUUAUUAUCGUCAUUAUGUUUAUGCAUUGUUUGUGUAAAGAUAUAUAUAUACAUAUAUAUAUAUAUAUAUAUAUAUUAAUAUGUGUGUUCUUGACUGUACAAAUUAAAAGAAACACUGACAGUUGAUGGGAGGAAAACAAAACAAAAGCAAGAAAUCACAAAACAGAAAAAAGCCUGUAUUUUACCCAUUCAUGACAGGGGCAGUGGCAAAAGUGUACACACUCUGGUUAAAACGUCACUUCAUGAGGCGAGACUUUUAAUUUGAUACAUAUCAGUUCAACUGAAGAGAGAGAUGAAAAAUAUAACAGAGAAAAGUGCAAUAGCCCGGUCGCAUAAGUUUGCACACCAUCAAACUAACACGCACCUUUUGGUUUCAUCUCAGCAUGAAGAUUCACAUCAACUUCAUGUUGUUAUGAAUCAGACUAAAUUGAGGUGAAGGUCAUCUGUCCUGGAGAGAGGUCACAAAGGAUCAAAUGGAUCUCGUUGUGUGAAGCUACCAAAAAUUACACCGCAGUGUUUGUAUGUCAUGGUCCACUGAAUAAACUCAUCAGCAACUGAGGAGAUUAAUUGCAAAAUAAGUGACACAUUUAAUAAAACAACAGCAGGGGGGCUGCCAAGAGGAUUACAGCAACACUUGGAGGACUUAAAGGACUUCCUGUUGUGUUCUGGUUGUACUGCUGUACUGCAGUAGAGCCUCACCCCCCACUUAUAAAAACUAAUUGUUUUGUUGUCUAGGAGCCUCUUAUAGCCUUCAAAUUUAAUUGUAAUUUGUAAAAAAUAAUAAAUAAAUAAGUAAAUAAUAAGAUCUUAGGUCUCUACCCUGGUCAUUUGCCAUCUGCCUCCCGUUCUGUUCUCUCUCCACAGUCUCAUGUGUUCUCCGUUUCUCUGUCAACUUUGUGGCUGAAUAUUUUCCAGGAAAAACAAAAACAUGCGGAACGACAAGAACUAAAUAAAACAGCAGAAAUGCUCACUAGAGUGAAAAUGAGGUUAAAUACUUAAGGUAAUCCAUAUCCAGUGAGAUCUAAUUUAAGUUAUGUGGAAAGGAGAAAUCUUAACAGAUGUAUUGAAAUAGCAGACAGUGUGGUUUCUUGUGUGAUGACAAGCUGAAGUUUCAUUUUCUAAGACGUGCGGUUCAACAAUACCACGCAGAACAAAACCUUAUGUUCAAAUUCUUCAACUGACAUGUAAGAAAUAAAACUUUAAAUACAACCUUGUUGUUGGGACUGAAAUAUUCAAUUAAUUGUUUUCUAGUAGCCAAACAGUUUAUUGAGGUUUUACACUUGCUAGAACCAGAAUCAGGAAGACGUUGACACUGUUUGGUUAAGCCUGUGUUUACUUACACUUCAUAUAUAUAUACUUUGUCAUAUCGCUAUGACAUCUUUCACCAACUUUACACAACACCGCAGCAGAUGGGUAAACUGCAAACAAAGCUCCAAAAGUAAAAGUAAGUUAAAAAGUAAAAAAAGUCAAAACGUAACAUUUCCAUUUGCGCGAUUAAGUAUGGCUGAUAGACAGAAGAAAAUAUGUUGGCCCACUUAAAAUCUGUCAAAAUAUUCUGGUAAAACAACUGAAACCAAACUUGAACCUUUCACUGUGCAUCACAACCCCCCACACCCCCCCCCCAAAAAAAACAAAAAAAAAACAAAAAAAAAAACCCUCCCCACAAUGAAGCAUGGUGGUGGCAGCAUCAUGCUGUGGCAUUACUUUUCUCCUUAUGAAAUAGUUUUUUGUUUUUUUUUGUCAAGGCUGAUUAAGACGUUCUGGAGGCUUUAGGUCCAUUUUGACUCAAAAUCAGCUAAAGGUGAAGAGAGCUGUCACGUUCCUCCAUCAAAAGGAGCCCAAAGACGAGUACGAAACAAAAGCUUCACCAGAAGAAGAUUAAUGAUUCAGAAUGGCAGAGGCAGAGCGCCGGACUAAAUAUAACAGAGCAUCUGGGCAAAUAUUAGCAGCAGAAGAUGUAGAGUGCUGAGAGAGCAGUCUGCAAGCUGAAAUUGAAUAAAAAGGUGUUUCAACAAAGCGUUAGUUUAAGGGUGUUGACUCUUAUGUAACCGGGUUCCUCCUGCUUUUUAAAAUUUGUAUGCACCCACCCUCACCCUAACAGAUUGCUUCGUUUUUAUGAUUAAGUGUACAAAGCUAAUGUCACAUUAAAAGGUGAGAACAGUUUAAAACUAUUUAUCAUGGUGUCUUUUUUUUUUCUUUUUACAUAAAAACAAAACUUAACAGGGAGUUUGCACACUUAUAAGAGCUACUGUGUGGAAAGAAAGAAAUGCCUUUUAAUUCAUGCGUUUAAUCCAAACGUCACACAUUUCCGCGGCGUUUCGAAGGCGGCUGUCGUGGUUCCACACGCCUCCUUUUGCUGCUUUUCUCCUGCGAGCUCCUCUGGUUCUCCUAAAUCCCCGACGGAAGUUUUUCAUUCAACCCGCCACCAGUGGAUUACACGCUCCACCUUGGACUC